AUGACCUCGCUAAUGCCUGGAAGGCCAUCAGCCAAACCUAAUGAACCUGUCGUGCUGUAUACCUACCCUUCUAUGGAUCAGCUCUCAGAAACCCUCCCUAUGGUCCUCAAUCAUUUUGGUCUGAAGAGUGUGAUUAGAAUGGCGGUUGGAGCUGGAGCCAACAUCCUUGCUCGCUUUGCACUCAAACAUCCAGACAUGGUGGAAGGUCUUGUUCUGAUUAAUUUGAGUGUGCAGGCAGAGGGUUUCAUGGACUGGGCAGCACAAAAGAUUACAAGCUGGACUCAUGCUCUCCCUGAUACAGUCAUUUCACACCUGUUUGGAAAGGAGGAGAUACAGAACAAUCAUGAACUGAUCGCAACCUUCCGUCAAUCUUUAAUUGCAAACAUUAACCAGUCCAACCUGCAGCAGUUCGUCAAGUCCUACAAAAGCCGACGGAAUCUUGAGAUUGAGAGACCAGUACAAGGAGGAAACGUAAAUGCACGAACCCUCCAGUGUCCAGCUUUGUUGAUAGUGGGUGAUAAUUCUCCAGCUGUGGAUGCUGUGGUUGACAGCAACUCCAGAAUGAACCUAACAACAACAACAUUUCUCAAGAUGGCUGACUGUGGUGGCCUGCCUCAGGUUCAUGAGCCUGGAAAACUGAUAGAAGCUUUCAAAUAUUUUAUCCAGGGCAUGGGCUACAUGCCCUCUGCCAGUAUGACCCGUCUUGCUCGAUCUCGCACGGCCAGUAACAACAGCUGCGGUACAAACACGGAUGAGCAGCGCGGACGCUCCCACACUGACGUCUCCAUGGAGAGCAGCUCUGGCGCAGAGCACAGUUCCUCAGCCCUCACACAUUCCGUCGAGCUGUCCUGCUAA